UCCAUUAGCCUCCUCUCCAAGGCCUCAAAAUUCUCUCUCUCUCUCUCUCUCUCUCUCUCUCUCUCUCUCUCUCUCCUUUUCUCCAUAUAUAUAAAAGAGAGAACACAGCACCAAAUCUCAUCUUCGUCAUCCAAAAACCCCAAUUCGCUCAUCUCUCCUUCGAUCCAAUCCAACACCUUUCUUUUUCUUUCCCUCCAAUUCGAUCUCAUAUAUACUUAUAAGCCCAUAAGUCAUCGAUCCAUGUAUUGUUAAUGAAUCCAUUUUUGUUCAAAUUGAAUCACAAUUUUUAUUUCUCUGAUUCAAUUGAAUCGAUCGUUUUGUGGAUCCGUUUUUUGCUAGAAAUGAGGCUGUAGAACUGGAAGAUUAGAUGAUGGAUGAAUCUAUGCUAGUGUAAUUCUUUUCUUUUUCUAACGAAAAAUUUUACACAAAAAAUAAGAUGCCAGGAAUAGCGCAGAGAAAUGAGCAAUUCAGUAAUGCAUCAUCGGGCGUUUACUCGCUUUCAGCCAAUGGAUUCUGGUCAAAGCACCGUGACGAUGUUAACUACAAUCAGGUCCAGAAGUUCUGGAGUGAGCUGUCACCACAAGCUAGACAGAAGCUUCUGCGGAUUGACAAGCAAACCCUGUUUGAGCAAGCUCGUAAGAACAUGUAUUGUUCUAGAUGCAAUGGUUUAUUACUCGAAGGUUUCUUGCAGAUUGUUAUGUAUGGCAAGUCUUUGCAGCAAGAAGGGGUAGGGGGCCACCUUUCUUGCAAUAGAACAUCAGCCUCAGAAAAUCAAAGUGAUGGAGAACCAAAUAUGAUGAAUGGGUGCCAAGAUGAAAUUCAAGAUCCAUCGGUCCAUCCCUGGGGGUGUCUGACCACUACACGUGAUGGCUCUUUGACACUGUUGAAUUGUUAUUUGUAUUCGAAGUCCCUUAAGGGUCUACAAAAUGUCUUUGACAGUGCAAGAGCAAGGGAACGGGAAAGGGAAUUGCUCUAUCCUGAUGCCUGUGGUGGAGGAGGUCGGGGUUGGAUAAGCCAAGCAAUGGCAAGCUAUGGUAGAGGACAUGGAACAAGAGAAACAUGUGCUCUACAUACUGCGAGGCUUUCUUGUGACACAUUAGUGGACUUCUGGUCAGCACUUGGAGAAGAGACUCGACAGUCUCUUUUAAGGAUGAAGGAAGAGGAUUUUAUUGAGAGGCUCAUGUACAGGUUUGACAGCAAAAGAUUUUGUAGAGAUUGUAGAAGGAAUGUUAUUCGUGAGUUCAAGGAGCUAAAGGAGCUCAAGCGCAUGCGGCGAGAACCUCGCUGCACCAGUUGGUUUUGUGUUGCAGACACAGCUUUCCAGUAUGAGGUGUCUGAUGACACAAUCCUGGCUGAUUGGCACCAAACUUUUGCUGAUACUGUCGGAUCAUAUCAUCACUUUGAAUGGGCUGUUGGAACAGGAGAAGGAAAAUCUGACAUUCUAGAAUUUGAAAACGUAGGCAUGAAUGGAAGUGUUCAAGUUCAUGGCCUAGAUCUUGGAGGUUUAACAGCAUGUUUUAUCACCUUGAGGGCUUGGAAACUAGAUGGCCGCUGUACUGAGCUAUCUGUAAAGGCUCAUGCAUUAAGGGGUCAACAAUGUGUGCAUUGCAGGCUAAUUGUAGGUGAUGGUUUUGUUACAAUUACUAGAGGGGAAAGCAUCAGAAGGUUUUUUGAACAUGCCGAAGAGGCUGAGGAAGACGAGGAUGAUGAUUCCAUGGACAGGGAUGGAAAUGAGCUGGAUGGAGAAUGCUCCCGUCCCCAAAAGCAUGCGAAGAGUCCUGAACUUGCUCGAGAAUUUCUUCUAGAUGCUGCAACUGUUAUUUUCAAGGAACAGGUUGAAAAGGCUUUCAGAGAAGGAACUGCCCGCCAAAAUGCACACAGUAUCUUUGUUUGCCUUGCAUUAAAACUGCUGGAAGAGCGUGUUCAUGUUGCAUGCAAAGAAAUUAUCACAUUGGAAAAGCAGAUGAAACUUCUUGAAGAAGAGGAAAAGGAAAAGCGUGAUGAAGAAGAACGCAAGGAGAGAAGAAGAACAAAAGAAAGAGAGAAAAAGCUUCGAAGAAAGGAGAGGUUAAAAGGGAAGGAAAGGGAUAAAGAAAAGAGGUGCUCCGAAUCAAAUGAUUGUCUUGAAGUUUCAAAGGAUGAAACAUCAGCAAGUGUUGAUGAGGAACCUAAUAAUGCUGUCAGCUGUAGGGAUUUAGUUAGUGAAACUGGUGACAUUUCUCCGUCCAGGCCUGGAUCUCCUAUUAUUCAAGAACAAUUCUCAAAUGGGUAUGCCAUUUCCGCAAUGCUAAACAACUCCUGUGGUAGUCCUGAUGGAGAAGUCACUAAUUUGAAAGACUCUUUUAUGAUUGAACAAUCAAAAUUUUCUCGUCGGAUAUUGAAAUUUCGGAAAGAAGUUCCACUUGAUCCCUCUUUGAAGUGGUCUGAUAGACGCCAACUUGCAGUUGUUUCAGAAAAUGGGGCUACAGUUAAUAGAUCUGAGUCGAGACCUUACAGUGACAAUUUUGAGACUCCUCCAAGGGGUGUCAAUGGAUUGAAUAGGCAGUCAAGGAUAAAUGGACAGAAGUCCAAUGGUCGAAAUUGUGGCCAUAAGUUUAAUGAGAAGUUUCAUUGUCUUAACAACAGGAUGAAUGACAGAUAUGACUUCCAUUCUUGCAGCUGUCACCAAAAAAAUGAAUACAGGGUGAAGGUUGAAUCACAUGUUUCUGCAGUAAGAAUUGGCCGAGAUAGCAAGUCUGUUGGUAAGUCAGAAUCUACGCUGGAUAUGUCCAAGCAAUUUUAUCGUGGGAACAAGUAUGGGCAACUAGAUUACAUGCGUGAAGGUUGUGUAAGACCCAAAAGCAAAAUCGUCACAAUGAAGAAUUCUUCUAGCAGAGAUUUGCUUCAUUCUAAGAAAGUUUGGGAGCCUAUGGAAUCACACAAAAAGUAUGCUCGGAGCAACUCAGACUGUGAUGUUACCUUGAGGUCAUCUGCUUUCAAGGUUGAAGAAUUAGAACCUGAUAGUAACAUAUUCAAGUUUUUUCCUGGUGACAAGUGUUAUAGUGAAGUUACUGGAAAUUUUAGUGAAAUUGAUAAUGAGGAGAAUAACAUGGAGGAAUCAGGAAACUCUAACUUCAGUAUAAAUAAAGGCUGCCAGAAUGGACACAAUGUGGUAGUGAAGGAACCUUGCUACUCAACAGAAACUCCUUAUGAGGAAAUUGGUUCAUGUCUUGCAAAGAACUCUGUCUUGAGUGGGAUUUCUGAUCCUAGCAUAGGUAGCACUUCAAAUUCUGAUAACUGUUCAUCAUGCCUUAGUGAGGGAGAUAGCAAUACAGCCUCUUCGAACCAUGGAAAUCUUGAAUCCUCAUCCACAUCAGAUUCAGAAGAUAGUAGUCAACAAUCAGAAGGAAAAGAAACCUCACUAUGUCAAAAUGGUUUCUCCAAUUCUCAUGAGGUGACCACAGACAACAAUCGAAGUGCGAAUGGAGGCGGUCAAUUUGGAGGCAGGGAAUUGUUUGGGCUUCCACCGGAUGGUCUGAGAACGAAUGCUUUGGGAAAUCUGCCAACAAAAACUGUGCAAAAUACUGAUAAUGGAAUACCAACUGUUGCUAUUGGUUCUCAACAUCAAGGCAUGUUUCCAUCUAUGCAAAACCAAAAUUUACAAUUUCCAGUCUUUCAAGCUCCUUCACUGAAUUACUACCAUCAAAAUCCAGUUGGUUGGCCAGCUGUUCCGCCUAAUGGAUUCAUGCCCUUUCCCCACACUAACCACUAUCUAUAUGCUGGCCCUCUUAGCUAUGGUUUAAAUGGAAACUCACGGUUAUGUAUGCAGUAUAGUCCUGUGCAGCAUUUGGCAACUCCCAUUUUUAAUCCUGGUCCGGUGCCAGUUUAUCAGCCAGUUGGCAAAACAAAUGGCUUGAACUCAGAGGAGCAAAGGAAGAUGUGCAUGGAGCAGGAAGCUCUCAAAGAAGCUAAGACAGAGAAGGUGGCAUCAGCUGGAUCACGUCCAACAGAAGUGCUGCCAAGUGGAGAAGGUGGAAAAGUGGAUAAUUCUGCCAAAUCACUUGUCAGUAACACCAGUUUUUCCUUGUUCCAUUUUGGUGGGCCUGUAGCUCUCUCAACAGGAUGUAAACCAGAUUAUGUGCCUUCAGAAGAUGGAAUUGUUGGAGAUCUUUCUUCUAAAGUUUCAGCGGAUCAAGUUGAAAAUGAUCCUGCUUGCAAUAAGAAAGAGGCUACUAUGGAAGAAUACAAUUUGUUUGCAGCAAGCAAUGGAAUAAGAUUUUCGUUCUUCUAAUAUAUUAAUGAGAAGGUGUGAGGUGGCUGUUUGGGAGUGCAGUCCUUAUCUUCUUAUUUGCUAUUGGAAGUUUGAGUACUUUGAAGCUAGUACGCAAUAAUCUUCUUCCUCUGAGAAAUUGCAAUUUAGCUAUAGUUUCUUCAGUUGAUUGAUAACAAAUUUGUCUCAUUUUUUUUUUUUAAUUUUCAAUGUAGAGAGAGAGAGAGAGAGAGAGAGAGAGAGAGGUUGGAAGAGUGGUAUAAUGCUUGAGUUUUUCUGUAUGAGGUCAGUUCUACCUUUUUUAAUGUCUUUGUAUUAAUGAAGCAUUUGUUGGUAUGA